AUGAUGAGUCUACCAGGACAAAUGCUUGGACAACCUCAUAAGAAUGGGAUUUUACAAGAAUCUCAACAACUUCCACCAGGUCCAAUUCAACCACAAGCUUCACAACCAAAUUCUAAUUUACCAUUCAAUAGACCAGGUCAAAAUAAUGGUAAUCAACAAGAAUCAUCCAAUCAAGAACAAAGUGGAUCUAAUGGACAACAAGGAAACCAAAAUCAAGGUCAAUCGAUUUUAAGUGAAACUACUGCAGCCACAUGGUUAGCUAUUGGAUCAUUAGCUGAAAGUUUAGGAAAUUCCGAGAAAGCUUUAGGAGCUUAUGAUUCAGCUUUAAGACAUUCACCAAAUAAUUCAGAAAUUUUAAUCAAAUUAGCCAAUAUCUAUCGUUCCAAAGAUGUUUUCUUUAAAGCUGCUGAAUUAUAUGAACAAGCAUUAAAUUUUAAUCCUGAAAAUGGUGAUAUUUGGGGAUUAUUAGGUCAUUGUUAUCUUAUGUUAGAUGAUUUACAAAGAGCCUAUGCAGCUUAUCAAAGAGCUUUAUAUUAUUUAGAUAAUCCGAAUGUACCAAAAUUAUGGCAUGGUAUCGGUAUAUUAUAUGAUAGGUAUGGUUCAUUAGAAUAUGCUGAAGAAGCUUUUGUUAGAGUUUUAGAGUUAGAUCCAAAUUUCGAUAAAUCAAAUGAAAUUUAUUUCCGUCUUGGUAUUAUUUAUAAACAUCAAGGUAAGUUACAAAAUGCUUUAGAAUGUUUCCAAUACAUUUUAUCAAAUCCUCCUCAUCCAUUAACUCAACCUGAUGUUUGGUUCCAAAUUGGGUCAGUUUUAGAACAACAAAAAGAUUGGAAUGGUGCCAAAGAUGCUUAUGAAAGAGUCUUGCAAGUAAAUCCUCAACAUGCUAAAGUUUUACAACAAUUAGGAUGUCUUUAUUCUCAAGCUGAACCUGAAAAUUCAAAUCAAAAUAAUUCAUCAAAUAAUCAACCUUUCACUCAAGAUUUGAAUAUUGCAUCCAAAUAUUUGACUCAAUCUUUAGAAAUUGAUCAAAGUGAUGCUCAUAGUUGGUAUUAUCUUGGUAGAGUUCAUAUGAUAAGAGGUGACUUUAAUGCUGCUUAUGAAGCUUUCCAACAAGCUGUUAAUAGAGAUUCAAGAAAUCCAACUUUUUGGUGUUCUAUUGGGGUAUUGUAUUAUCAAAUCAGUCAAUAUAGAGAUGCUUUAGAUGCUUAUACUAGAGCUAUUAGAUUAAAUCCUUAUAUUAGUGAAGUUUGGUAUGAUUUAGGUACUUUAUAUGAAACCUGUAAUAAUCAAAUCAGUGAUGCUUUAGAUGCUUAUAGACAAGCUGAAAGAUUAGAUCCUGGUAAUCCUCAUAUUAAAGCUAGAUUGGAUCAAUUAAUCAAAUACCAACAAGAAGGUAAUACUCAUCCUCCUCAACCUCCUCCAAUUAGUCAACAACCAAGAUUACCUCAAAGUAUGGUAUUAGAAAGUACUCAAGAUCAACAUCAACAACAUCAACAACAAAUGCAAGGUGGUCAACCGGGCCAACCUCCACAAUUGGGACAACCAGGACCUCCAGGACCCCCAGGACAACCGGGACAACCAGGUUUAAUGAUAUCUCAACAUCCAAUCCAACAAGUUCCUCCUUUCCAUGGUCAGGUAGUGAAUCAAUUACAACCAGGCCAACAACCAGGCCAACAACUUCCUCCACCAGCAAUUAAAACUCAACCUCCAUCUAAUGGUACACCAGUUCCUGUUUCUCAGGAACAAUCAAAUGUAUCAACUCCUCAGCCAAAAAUUAAUGGUAAACAUGAAUUGGAUGAUAAAUCAGAAAAAAAGGAUAAGAAAAAGAAGAAGAAAUCAAGUACUGCUUCUACUCCAAAAAUUGAAAAGACUCAAAUUCAAUCACCUGCUAAUAAUUUAAGUAAUUUGAUGAAUGCUGCUAAUCAAAUAGCAAAAGAUGAUCCAAAACCUGUUGGUAUGGUAACUCCUCAACCUGAAGCUCAAGCUGAAGUAAAAGUUGAAACAAGAUCAGAAGAACCCCAACCAAUGCAAGUCGAUGAACCUGUUGUCAAACCAGUGGAAGAACCAGUAAAGGAAAUCACUGAAACUAAAGCUCCAGAACCUAUUGUUGAAACAAAAUCACAAGAAACAGCAACUCCUGAAGUGGCAGUAACUGCUGAUUCCACACCUGUCCCACCACCUACUGAGACGCCCGCUCAAGCUACCCCGGCUGUCGCUACCCCUGCUCAAGCUACCCCAGCUCCUGAACCUACUGAAGGUUCCACUACUGCUACCCCAGUAGUUGCUACCCCACAACCAGAAAACACUACACCAGCACCUGUUUCUGCUCCAGCACCUAUAGUAGCACCACCUGCUGAGAAUCCAGUUCCAUCAGUAUCACAAGCCGAAACCACAAAAGAUCCAAUUUCUUCGGACUCUAAACCAGAACAACAACCAACUCCUACUGUUGAAAAGGAAGAAGUUGAACCUCCAAUGAGGAAAAUCGAAGAAGACGAAAAUUAUGAUGACUAA